UCUGGACCAGGAAAUUCAGCAGCUGAAGCAAAAAAUAUAUGAGGGUGAUGGUCGUCAGAAAGGAAAUCACGGAACAUUAGAAGAGAGACUCUCUCAUACCACUUCGCCUACCAGCCCAUCAAAGCCUCAGCUGCCCACUGGUCCGCUAGUUGAUGAUAGGGUAAGUGCUUUUAUUGAACAAGAAGUGCAGAGAAGACUCCAGAAUAUUCAUCGUAAAGCUGAGGAAAGCAAUGUUAGCCUGUCGUGGUCUACAGAAAGUUUGAAGGAGAAUGAGAGGCUUAAUAAUGGCACUGUUCAACGCAAGCUGAAGUAUGAGCGGAUGGUCUGUCGUUCUCUGGGAGCAAAUCCAGAUGACCUAAAGGACCCAAUUAAAAUUAGUAUUCCACGCUAUGUCUUGUGUGGGCAGGGAAAGGAUGAACACUAUGAGUUUGAAAUAAAGGUAAGUGCGUUUCAGUUGCUUCUUCUUAAUGUCUGGGUUCUCU